CUGGUACAUCAGUCGAUAACAUAUCUUAUUGGAGGCUUCCAUACAACUGGGAACAGUAAGUACCGGUAGUAAUUUAUUAUAAUUUAUUUAAUAUAUCGAGUAAAAUGUAGCAUCAGGAAUAAGCAAUAUUACUGGAAAUUAAGAAAGAUGAUUUCAUGCAAAGACGCCCGUCGCGUUCUUAUAAUCUCCCUUUUUCCUGAUAACAUACAUUAUCUUCUCCAACUUCUUACUACCAGGAAGUAAUGACAGUGCUGCUAUCUGAGACCAACCUCGUUCCCAGGCUCUUAGCCUGGGAACGAGGUUGAUCUGAGACAAGACAGCAUCUUGAGUUGUUUCUUUUUAGCCUUGGCGUGGUGUUUAUAUUUUCUGGCGACACACGAGGAAGUCCAAGAAAAAUUGUACCAAGAAUUUGUUGAUGUUUUGGGAGACGAAACUAUUACAGCGCAGAUUUUACCACAAUUGAAGUAAGUAACAAGUUUAAUAUUUUCUAUAUCGGUGGGUCAUGCACAAAAUUGCUACAAAAUUCACAAACUUCCUUUAAAAAUUAUUUUAAACUCACAAUUGAAGAGAAAAUGUCGCGGUGAAAGCCUCAAUCUCAAAAUCUCAAGAAUUUUGGUUGUGAUUUGAAAAUCACAAGUCAAGUACCGGGUACGCGUGCGGUAAACCAACAAUCAGAGUUCUAUUAACCUUCCCUCUCAAUAUGAACUCCCAUCUCGAAUAACCCUCCCCUUUUGGAAAUAAAGGAAUUUAUUAUAAAGCAUCAAGACUUGUGUAUCGCGCUUGAUAGAAGUGAGUGCAGAUGGGUUUAAGUAGAUCUACAUACAUAACCAUUCCGUUUUUAAACUCCUUCCCCCCCCCCCCCCCCCUUUCGCAAAAAAGAAACAUGAUUGCACCGUAUACUGGUUUGAUUUAUUAAUUUUCAUUUCCUGUACAUCACUCGGUAGAAAUUCGUCCUUGUGAUGAUGGAGAAUGUAGGCUUGCAGAUCAAUUUCCAAAUCCCAAAAUCUCUAACUAUAAUACUUGUGGCGUUAUUUCAAGAAACCAACACAGAAAGUCAUCCAAUGUCACCAAUCGUUUUGAUUUCCAGAUAUUGCAGACAAGUGACUGAUGAAACAAUUAGGUGCUGUGUAAUUGCUCCUUGGGCAGCCAGAUAUGCUGACUAUGAUCUACAGAUUGGAGAACACAUUAUACCAAAAAAGGUCUAUUGCAAUGUUUUACUAAUUACUCUAGUUCUUUGAACUGACAAAGAAUACAAAAAGAUCGUUUUAUUGCACGUUUACUGUGUCUGUCUGUAAACUAACAAAUGUGUAAUGUUCUAUGUACUAGUUAAAACAUGAGCAGCCGAUCUUAAUUUGAAUUUAAUGAAUUCGCCAAUGAAUAUUUACAUUUUCAAUGACAGGUGAAGGACACAGAACCAUUAGUCCCAAUUGAAAUCCUACACCCAAAUAUAUACAAACUCGUCGAAUUUAAUUAUUUUAGAUGUCGAAUUUUGCAUGAACAUAAUUGAAACUAUUGAAUUGGACACAUGCAAAAUGCGACGUUUGAAACACAGGCCUAAGACACAGGAAACAUAAACUGCCACUAAAGCAUUACUGGUCAAAUUACGUUUAGUACAAGCACGGACGACUGACCCCAGAGAUAUUUUCUGAUAACAGGUUCCCAGAUUUAGGAAAGGCAGAGACUACUAGCCCAGGCAUCAUUAAAAUGAUUUGCCUGGACUAGCCUGGCAAAAACCAGAAUAUAUACGGGCUAGGACUGCAGCUCCCAUCUGCCAUCGUAAUUAAUUCACCGUCGUCAACAAUCGAUUACAAUCGAUUAAUCAUAUUGCAUAAAUCUAGGCUCAAUGUCGUUUCCAUGUUUCAUGUUUUUAAAAUUUUUUUGACAGCCAAAGGGAACGCUAGUGGUAGCAGAGAAAUAAGAAAAACAAGUCGCAUUUGUCAUUUGAUCACUUCGACAAUACUCGUAAUUUUUUCCAUAAAGUUAUCUAGGUCACUAGGUGUAAUACCAUGCACGGCUGUUUAUUCAUUCAAUUAUUAAGAAUAAUUGAUUGGUCGGGAUCAGCCCUAGCUUGGCAUUUCUUUGACUUUUUAUUUAUCUUUGAUCUUUUUAGACUCCUAUAAUUACCGCGAUUGGUGUUGUCCAUAAAGAUGAAGCAAUAUGGCCAGAUCCAGACAAGUAUGGGAUGAAUAUAUAUCAUACUUCCUUUAUAGAGUGAUUUCCAAGCAAUAAACACAUUUGGCGAGAUCGUACUGUACAUGCCGAUAGGCCAUUUCGAUAGGCGAUAGAGACGUUCAGAUUUUGCCUCCGCUACCUCUCACAGGCUUAAUACACAUUUGAUUGGUUAUCGAACAUUUCAUGCAAACGCAUCUGAUUGGUUAUUAGUCCAUAAAUGGUAGCGGUAGUAGAAGUCAAAUAUGAACGUCUCUAAUUAGUAAGCUUCGACUUGGUGUUAUCGUUCUUGACAGUAACAUCGUAAUUCAAAACUGGUCUGUUGGUUUGGUCAACAUCGUUUAGCAUGUAUAUUUUUGUGUGUAGCCACAUUUUCGUAACAAAGGAACAUUUCAUUUCGACUCAAAUGAAUGCCCAUUUUUUUAAUAAAUCAAUUUUACUUUCAAUGCUUUUCAGGUUUGAUCCAGAACGUUUCAGUGAGAAGGAAGUUAAAACACGUCAUCCCAUGGCUUUUCAGCCCUUUGGCUUUGCUGGCAAACGUAAAUGUCCUGGUUAUCGUUUUUCGAACGCUGAGCUUGCUGUAGUUCUUUCUGUGUUAUUGCGUCGUUUUAAAAUUCACUUGGUGGAUGGCCAGGUGGUUGAACCUGAGUACGCGUUGGUGACGCAACCCAAGGAGGAAAUUUGGAUCACUGUAACAAAGCGAUAG